AUGGAGCGAACACAGGUGAAUGAAGUUGAAUGUCUCUAUGAGUAUGUGCUUUAUGAAGGGGAUACUGUUUCCGGGAAUUUUGUUGUUGUUGACCAUGAUAUUUUCUGGAGCUCUGAUCAUCCAGGCAUCGAUUUUAAGGUAACUUCACCUGGAGGUAAUGUUGUCCAAGAUAUCAAGGGAACCUCUGGAGACAAGUUUCAAUUUAAGGCCCCAGUACAUGGAAUGUAUAAAUUUUGUUUCCAUAAUCCAUACUCGACACCCGAGACUGUUUCUUUCUAUAUCCAUGUUGGUCAUAUUCCCUCUGAGCAUGACCUUGCCAAAGACGAGCAUUUGGACCCAAUUAAUGUUAAAAUUGCCGAGCUGAGAGAGGCAUUGGACUCUGUUACAGCUGAACAAAAGUACUUGAGAGCCCGUGAUGCAAGACAUCGCCACACAAACGAAAGUACACAUAAGCGCGUAAUCUUCUACACUGUGGGAGAGUAUCUUCUGUUGGCUGCUGUUAGUGCAUUGCAGGUCAUAUACAUCAGGCGCCUUUUCAGCAAGUCUGUGGCUUACAAUCGUGUUUGA